AUGGAGGCCGAGGAAAGCCCAGUGCACUCUCCGGCCCACCACACGAGCCCACCGGCGGAACACACGAGCACACCCAGCGCACCCAAGAUCAAGAACGCUUUGCAACAAGAACGGUCUGGGGAUACAAGAAAACCUCCGGCGGAGAUCUAUGGGGCGCUGGAUCCCGCAGGCCGCCAGCACACAUUGCCGGAGCGAACGGAAGAGGGAUCCCAGAUCCCCGCCUCCUUACGAUGA